GCUAUUCAGCACCGAGCCUUUUAACAGAACAAGCUUCAAAAGGUUCUUAUCAGGACAUAUCUAUACGAAUAGCUAAGGCGUUCACUUAUUCCGACAAUCACGCUAUACGUUUAGAAAGGGAAAAAGACGGCAAGUGAAACAACCGUCUUAUUAUUUUCUAGUUAGCGUGAAGGUAACAAUCCGGGAGUGGAAAUGUCUUCUCGGUUCGAGGGGAAGGGAGUGUUGUGAUCCUGAACUCAGGAGCGCUCAGGAUCUACGUUGCUGGAACACUAUAUCACAAAUAUUCAACGGCGUUCCGUCUAAGUGCAGUGAGCAAGUCAUCAAACAGACAAUGCGCUAUACAGUGAUAGGAAUUUAAUGCAAAGAAACUUCCGAAGGAAAACUGCGUACAGAGUGAUCAGAAGUAUUAUCGUUACUUUAUAGCUGACGUAGAAGUUUAACAAUGAGCUUGAUUCGGGCGCCUUACCGAAUCGUUUCAACGCUUUUCACAUUCUUUUUCAGUGGAAAGGUCCGUCUACUUAUUGUGUUAUCGCUCGUAUAUAUGAGUGUACGGAUAUUGCUGGAUUAUCACAAGCAAAGUCUUCAUGAGCAGCUCCGUGUGGAGUUAAACGCCGCAUUGCCAAAGACUACACAGUUUACAAGCGGACAGCAUCUUCGUGGUUUCCUCAAUGGAUUUGAACAGGAGGGCAGUAAAGACAUUAUCCACGUGGUGCCAUCGGUGGCUGUAGGCGAAAGGGUGCCGAAUUGCGGUUUGCCCGCCCCUUGUGGCUCGGAUUCGUUCUCUGCACAUCUCUUCACUGGUAUUGACCAUCACGAUCAACCAAAAGUUUGUGUCGAUGGAAAAUAUGUUCUAGGUGAUGGUCUAAAUAAUGGCGGCCGAGGAAUAAAUAUGGUAGUCCUAGACACGGUCAGUAAACACCUACAGCAAGUCAUCCGUUUCGAUACCUAUCAAGAAGAUUCAUCCCUUUUGGAAUCGCUUCUGCUAAAUCUCCGGGCUGGGGACAUCGUUUUGCUAGUCACCUUUGACGAGCCUACAAAAAAGUUAUCAUCAGUAGCAAGACUUCUCUUCCACGAACUGGGUUCAGCGCUUUCUCAAAACCUUCUGCAUUACCGUUCAUCAUGGUACCUUGUCACGCAAAAGGGCAUUGACGGGUUCACGCCGUAUGAAGAUCUUCACACCGUCCUCUCAAAAGGCUGGCCACCCCCACACAAUGUCCGACUUUGCAUUCCCUUUAAAAUUGAAGGUAUGCCAGUUCAUCCUGAUCCGUCUCAGCACGACAACACGGAUCGAGCAGCCUUCUGUCAUAGACACGCUAAUGUUCUGCCUACUUUCUGCACAGGGGAUUCAAAACCUGCACAACAUAUUUUCCAGCCCAAGGUUCCGGAAAACAAGCUGUCAUCAUCACCGAUCAUCGUAGUUUCGGGUCCCCAGAGCCGAUUUUUACCGCAGACGCUCGACACUUUGGCAUUGCAGAGCGGACUUGUUCGAGAGAACGUAUUGGUUUUCCACGAGACCGACGACCUAAAAGCGCAGGACCUUUGCGAGUUGUUCAAUUUUUCGUGUCAGCUCCUUCAAAGUGAUUUGUCUGGGGGUCAUUGUGAACUGUUGGGGCAAGCGAUGGAUACUACAGAAACGAUAUAUCCUGAUGCGCCCUACAUGACGAUUAUCGAGCCGGAUGUUCUCUUGGGGUCGGAUUUUCUAUCAUAUGCUUCAGCGAUGGCGUCGCUCCUUGAUGUGGAUUCUACCAUUGGCAGUGUGUCUGGAUUUAACCCUGAUGGAAGUAAUCUCCUCUCUAAGGAUCCAUCUCAAGCGUAUAGAAUUCAAGGUAUUCCCGGAACAGCAUUUGUUGUUCGGCGCGGUGGUUUCUCGGCUCGAGAACGCUGCGCUGGAGAACAGUGGGAUUCGGUAGUGCCUGAGGUUUCUCGAGCGUUGGCGAUAUCUGACGACGCUCUCCAAAAACAUAAUGUGUAUCUGGGAAGUCCAUUGUCGUGGUCUGCGGCGCCCCAUCUAGAGAAAGCCUUAUACGAUCAAUGGCUAUCGACUAAUAUACGGCAAAGUAUUCUUGCGACCCUCGAUCCUCAAGAUUGCAUUUUCGAGGGUCUGUCCUAUGAAAAUCUGCCGCCAAGCCAAAUCAUUGCAACAAUAUUUGAACAGUCAUUCCCAUCGGACGAAUCGGCCCUGAAUCAAUUGGCACGCAGGUGUUUCCAAAUUGAUCAAAUACAGGCCGGCUAUCGAGGACUCCAUCGUCUGCAUUUCAAAGAUCAUCCGCUAUUCCUCAUCGGAAGUAAAAGUCCUUUUGCUAAAGUAAGCUAGACAUAUUAUAUAUUUUUAGAAGAAACAAUAGAGUCAUACUAAUAUACGAGGGCAAAUUAUUUGGAAUUACGAGGAAAUUUAUUCAGCAAAAUUGUCAUAGCAAAUUACUAUCCCUUGUUGGAUGUAGAUACAUAUCAACAGGUAUCGAUCAGGACAAAAAUAUUGUUCGUGUAUUUGAAUAGUCACAAGUGACUUGAUCACGUUAUGUUAAAUCGAAGAUCGCACUGGAUAAUUAUCAAGUUAGCAGAAUCUGCAUGCUCUUGAUAGAGACGUCAUACUGACAGUUUGUACUAUGUAAAUCCGGUGCUAUUGUUUCAAGUUGAAAAAAGGUAAUCUUUGUAAUAGAGUUUCAAAAGUUAUCUCGGUUGAAUUAUUUGCAAUUGAAGUUAACGAUACACUGUCAGUAAUAUCCUAGUAACACAAGUUAAAAAAAGCUGGUUUUACGAACAACGUGUCGAACCUAUCCAUACAAAAAAUAUGUUAUGUGUGACGUAUCGCUGUAAAACAAGCAGGCAUACUAAAUGUGAUAAGACGCAUCUUUGCCAAAUAUAAAUAAACUGGUUAUGUUCAC